CCGUUCGGGAGCCAUGGGCCGCCGGCUCCUCCGCGGUGUCUCUGGAGCCGCAGUCGUCCUUGCCAGCGUGGCCCUCCUCUCCAUGCGGCACCGUGGGGCUCGGGAAGCGGCUCAGUACGCAGACAUCGGGGAGGGGGUGUUGGAGAAGCCGGAGCAACAGAGCCAAGGGAGCCCAGAGGGAGCUGGUGGCAGGGGGCAGACGGACCUCAGACUCCAUCUUCUGGGGGGAUAUAGGAGUGAGGGAAGCCUGACGCUUGGGGACAUUUUCAUAGCUGUGAAGACAACCAAGAGGUUUCACCAGAGCAGGAUGAAGCUGCUCCUGGACACGUGGAUAUCCCAGGCCAGUGAACAGACCUACAUCUUCACUGAUGAAGAAGAUGAUGCCUUGAAAAGGAGAAUGGGUGGCCACGUGAUCUUCACCAACUGCUCUGCCGAGCACAGCCACCUGGCCCUGUCCUGCAAGAUGGCUGCAGAGUUCGACACCUUCCUGGCCAGCGGCCUGAGCUGGUUUUGCCACUUGGAUGAUGACAACUACCUGAACCCUCAGGCGCUCCUGAAGCUCUUGUCCUCCUAUGCGGAGACACGGGAUAUUUACCUGGGCAAACCCAGCCUGAACCGACCCAUCUGGGCCUCUGAAACACUGCCAAACAACCAGACGAAAUCCGUGCACUUCUGGUUUGCCACGGGAGGGGCCGGGUUCUGCAUCAGCCGCAAGCUGGCAAGGAAGAUGAUGCCCUGGGCCAGUGGCAGGAACUUCCUGAGCACUUCAGAGCUCAUCCGCCUGCCAGAUGACUGCACCGUGGGCUACAUCAUCGAGUGCAAAGUUGGUGGGCAGCUGAUUCCCAAUGCACUCUUCCACUCCCACUUGGAGAACCUGCAGCUCAUCCCCACCUCUCAGCUCAUGCAGCAGGUCACCCUCAGCUAUGGUGUGUUUGAGAACAAUCUCAAUGUCAUUGAGCUCAGUGGCCCCUUCUCGCCCCAGGAGGAUCCUUCAAGGUUUCGAUCCCUCCACUGCCACCUCUAUCCCAACACCUCCUGGUGCCUGCGGGCUGUUGGCUGGUGA